CUGCAGUAGAAUGAGAGGUUUUCUAAAGGGACUCUGGUGCUCAGAAACAAUACCACUUUAGUCCACAGGGGCCAACAGAAUCAACCUGUAACUUUCAAAUAAUACAUAAAAAAAAACAUAACCUUGAACUCAAUUCAUGACUUCAUCACAUAACCAAACCCUAAUCUAAAGCAAAUCACACACUGCUUUCAAAAUUAGCAUAUAAAUAUGUCACACACAACUGCAAAUGCAACCUACAGAUACAGAUACAGGAUUACUAAAUGACUGAAAGGCUGCCCGCCAAACGUCAACACGUGAACACAAACUCUCACCAGAAGUUUAUACAAGACCAUAACCAGACAAACCAUCAGGAAGGACUGUCUGCCUUUACAGGCGAGCAUAGAAUGAGGCUUCUCUCCAGCUUUAGUGGCCGUGUUGAGAUUCCUCUUGGCUGCUAUCAUGGAGUAAAUCCCAGCAUCUUGAUUUGGAAACUAGAUGAAACACCAGAUUUUAAUCCGAGAGAGUGUAAUGUGUUUGGAUAGAGCUCAGCGAGAGGACUGUAAUCAGAAUAAUUAUUCUGGUCUCACUCCAGCUCCGGGCCUUUUAGCUAAUGACAGUCGCGACACUGCAUUUCAAGCUGUCUAUUUACAUGCACAUGAGAUGUGUGCGCAAAUACUGCAUGCAUGCAUGUACGUGUGUGUGUGUGUGUGUGUGUGUGAUAGAGCGAGAGAGUUUGAGCAGUUCGGCAUGCCUACAACAUUCACAGACAAAUAACAAAAAAGGCAAGAGAGAAGAAGGUAGCAUUGCUUAGAGCAACAUGAUAACAGACUGACGCACAACAGUCCUAUUAGGGACGCACACUGCAGCCACAACUUCAAUCUGCACACCCAGGACUCCGUUGGAGUGCAGUCAUCUAUCUAUACAUCAUAACAGCAUCUCAAAUGUUCGCAUCUCGACUGUUAUUUAUCGCCGAAACAGAACAUCAGACCCGUCGGGUUCUCAUUGUGAGGAAAAUGACUCCUCAGAUAUGAAUGUGAUUCAUCAAAAACACAUCAAUACACAAUGUCAUCACCUUCUGGACGCCCGUGUGCGUGUAGCGAAACAUGUACGCAACGGAGUUGUUUGCUACCGAUCAAUGGGCCUUUAUUCAUGCGCGGCACAUUUCACACGAGAAGCAAUUCAGACGGCGCUUUAUAGUAUUGACGGUGUUGUCUCAGGGCCCCUCGCAAACGCCACAACACGGCGAAACCCAUUUUAACCCCCCUCACAUAACGAGCUGUCAUUUUCUGGUUGGAAUGAGCUCAAUUGUGUCCGCAUACAAAGCGGGCGGAUUUAGCUGCAGAGUGAUAAUAACGACGGCACAAUUGGCGAUUGGUAUAAUUCCACAGUGACACACCGCUCAUGUCACACAGUGAUGAUCAGCGCGGGGCAUCGAGGCGGCAUGCCUCCUUCUAAAAGAUGGCGGCGGCGGCGUAGCUACGGGCGCUGUGUGCUGCGUCAGCACGUGUUGCUGCAAGUACUAAAAAAAGUACUGUGAAAAGGUCCAUUUCUUCUUCUUAAGAGGAAAUGAGUCCCCGCUCUCUGAACACAGAGCAGGCCGAGCUGCUGCAUGAUAACAGUGAUAGCAUGAUGACGAUGAUGGCUGGUGUUAUACAGGAGGGAUUCCACAAAGACUCAAUGUUAAGGGUUUGGUGAAAUGUUUUGCUGAUGGUGAAGGUCUUUGUGGCACUUCGUCAUGCCGAUGGUGGUGUAAAUUUGACUGCACUGCUGCUGCUGACACUUUCUUGUAUCGCAAACGAGUUAAUCCAUCCUUCGUGUUAAUUGGAUAUUUUAGGGGGAAAGAAACUGAGAAAACUCUGUGUUCCCCAAAUCCUCCUUGAUUUACAGAUGAGCUGUGUUGCAUUAGUAAAAAGUCUUCUUGAUUUUUGUAAGUGCUUGAGCAACGUAUUGAGGAUUUCCCCCAUGUGUUUUUAGAAGAGAAUAAAAUGCAUCCGCAAACAUAAUUUACAAGAAAUACCUGGUUGAAACUAAACACAAGUUGUUGAUUCACCAUGUGUAGAGUGAUGCAAUAAAGUUGUGUUGAAAGCAGCACUUUUCAAACAACUGAUGUAUAAAUGUUUUAGGUGUAAAAGGUGUCAAACAUCAGAAUUUGUCUUUCCAAUCUGGUCGAUUGUCUGAAAAAUGUAUCAAAUGCACACGUUGAACUUCUUACGAACGUCUUCUCCUCUGAAAGCUGCUGCUGCUCAUCUUCAGUUCCUGUUACAAAUGGAGGGGAGGUUCGUUAUUACCGUCUCGGUGCUCGGAGCUGUGUGAUCUCUCGCUGCACAUUUGUACAGACGGGGGAUAAAGGCCGUUUUUGGCCUUUUGAUAUUUAGCCAUUACGACGUUAUAAAAUAUCUCCCUCACGGGGUUUUUUGUCGCCUCAACUCUUCACACUCACAUAAUUACAAGAUGGAGGGGGACUUUUAGAGAAACCCUGUGAUGUUGGACGGCUUUUUUUUUUUUUUUUUUUCACCCUUCGCCCGUUGAAUGCUCCUACGAAUUACAUUUUUUACAUUUUGGGUGACGCCCAGCGACGCAGGGGAGCUGCUCUGUACAACCACUCAGCGCCACCACAGGCCCUGAGCCGCUCCACCGGGACGGGCGGGGUUAAGUGGCCCGCUCAAGGGCUUCGCACUGGUAGUUACUGAUGGAGCGUGUCCUGUUCAUUUCCCUGCCCAGACAACACCUCAGGUGAACUGGGAAACAUAAAGGCAGUGGCUCCUUUAAAAAAAACACUGGUGGCCAAUCGCACGUGUGUCAAUCAGGUUGUCAUUGUAGUGGUGAAGCAAACACGAUGUAAGAGUAAGCGCUUUAGUUAAAGCUGAGAUUCAGCAGGUGGUCUCCGUUGAGCUGACUUCUGCUCACAUCUGAACACUGUGUGCCGCGUCAGCAGAAACACGUGAGACGUCCAGAUGAUAUGAACUCUGUGGACGAGGUGAAAGCAAAGAGCGAACGCCACUCUGAUUUGUGUCUUGGGGUUUCCUUUCGCUGUGUCCGGCGUUUUAGUUUUUUUGGUAGUUAUACAAUCACUGGAGGAAAAGAGAAGGUCAUCCUCUUCUGAGAGUUUGCCUCCACGUUGAGUGAACCAGUGACAUUAUUCAUACAAUACAUACAAAAAUACUGUCUGUUCAUCUCAAUAAACGAUGGCACGCAAUUAAACACUUCUCUGUUUGUAAUCAUUUAUGGCCAAUAAUGCAGUACUGUUGCUCAAAGGCAUAACCCAUACUUAUUAUAGUAUUUGUUUUUGUUGAUUUAGUUUAAUAUUGACAGCAAUACCUCACGGUAACAUUUUAUAUGCAUGCAGUGUGCAUCGGAUGUGUCAAAACCACCUCGUGUUCUAGACGUAACAUUUCCAAAGACAGUCAAUCAAUGAGAUGUGCUGUUGUGAUGGGAUGGGAUGUAAACUGUAAUGAAUGUGAACAGCAACAGCUGAACUUGUUUUUGGUGCAUCGUAACGUUGGUGCCGCAGUCCGUCCGCUCGGUGCUCGUGCAUCAGGCUGCGCGGUGAAAGUCUUAAACUAGCUGCGGGCGGCUGUACUGUACAUCCAGUACAUCUUGGUGAAUUCAGAGCAGUCCUGGCUGAGUCAAAACAUGAAUUAUAUAUAUAUAUAUAGUAUUUGUAUUUUACUCACUCCGGUCAUGCUUUACUACAGUGCAGCCAUGAGAGAGUGGAACGCAAUACAUUUUGGAGGGCAACUUGAAUACUGUUUGAAAAUCCAAAAAUCUGUCCAGUAUAUUUGUGCUGGAGCGCUGUCAGCCUGCUGCCGUCUUUGUUGGGUUUAAAAUGUCAAACUUGGAAGUUCUUUGUCGAGAGCUCAAGAAAGGCGGAUAAGAAAGAAUAUCUAAUAGCUUCACAUGCAUUUAGAGGUUAAAAGAGGUUUGUUUCAGUUGCUAAUGUUUAAAUUAGCAUACGAUAUUUAGUUAAGCUUAUUCUACUUCUACAAGCCAAACAUUCCACAUCGUAUUUACUGUUUUCUUUCACUUUCACUGAUGUCCUCCUAAAAAUACACUGACAUAUACAAGCCUUGUUGUAGUACUCUUUCCCUUCCAACGACAUAAUGAGAUAUACAGUGUAUUUAAUUAACACGUCUGAUUACAUCAUCAUCACAACGUCUUUGAACUCUUUGCUCUUCAAUAAAUGGUAGUUCUUAUGUGUGAUUAAUCUUAAUUCCAGCUCUCUCUCUCUCUCUCAGGCAGAUCUGUGUCGCCGUGCAGAGGAGAAAACCUCAACGUAGCCGACACCAGUAAUGAGCUAAAGGCCCUGUGAUCAGAGGAGAGAGGGAGUAAACCAACUGUGAGAGGAGAAGAAGAUAAACGACGAGAAGAAAAGGCAAUAACAGGAAAGUCGGUGAUGAGUAUCCGCACCAACAGGCCCCCUUCUCAGCUAAUGAACUAGGAAGUUCAUCAACAACAUUUCAGUAGCAGAAACAGGACAUCACCUCAGUGGGAGCGGAGCUCCACUGGGAGGAGCCAGAAAGUAAGGGGGCGGAGUGAAGCGCACGGUUGCUCGGGUCGGGCGAGAUGGCGAUGCCGGCAAUGAAGCGGCAGGGCCUCGGGCCGCUGAGGGCCUUCCUGGUGCUGGUGGGGAUUUCAGCGCUCUGUAGCGUUGCAUUGGGAACCCGGAGAGGAAGCGCGUCUUUGGAUGAGAGGGGCCACAAACACAGACAUCCAGGUCACUUGUCGCUGCAUAGACACAGACAGAGGGCCGGCAAGGAGGGGCAGGUACUCCACAGGUCCAAACGAGGAUGGGUCUGGAAUCAGUUCUUCGUCAUUGAGGAGUACACUGGGCCUGACCCAGUUCUGGUGGGCAGGCUCCACUCAGACGCCGACUCAGGCGUUGGCAACAUCAAGUACAUCCUGUCCGGCGAAGGUGCGGGAACAAUCUUUGUUAUUGACGACAACACAGGCAACAUCCACGCCACGAAGACCCUGGACCGCGAGGAGCAGGCCCAGUACACUUUGACAGCCCAGGCCGUGGACAGAGACACCAAUAAGCCUCAGGAGCCUCCAUCACAGUUCAUAGUGAAAGUUCAAGACAUCAACGAUAAUCCUCCCGAGUUUCUACACGGGCCGUACUACGCCAGGGUGCCUGAGAUGUCCAAUGUUGGUACGUCAGUGAUGCAGGUGACAGCUACAGAUGCUGAUGACCCCACCUACGGCAACAGCGCCAGGCUGGUGUACAGCAUCCUGCAAGGGCAGCCGUAUUUCUCUGUGGAGCCUCAGACAGGUAUAAUUCGUACUGCUUUGCCAAACAUGGACCGCGAGGCGCGCCAGGACUAUGACGUCGUCAUCCAGGCCAAAGACAUGGGCGGUCACAUGGGCGGGCUGUCGGGGACCACCCAGGUUAAAAUCACGCUCACGGACGUCAACGACAACCCGCCGAAGUUCCCACAGAGUGUGUAUCCAAUGUCUGUAUCCGAGGAUAAAGUGCCCGGAGAGGAGGUGGGCCGUCUUAAGGCCAAGGACCCCGACCUCGGAGACAACGGGAUGGUGAACUACCGCUUAAUAGACGGAGACGGACUGGGCAUGUUUGAACUGAGCACCGACUCCGAGACCAGAGAGGCUGUCAUCAAACUGAAGAAGCACGUGGACUUUGAGACCAAAAGGUCGUACACCUUGAAGGUGGAGGGAUCCAACCAGCAUCUUGACCCCCAAUACCUCGCUUGGGGGCCUUAUAAGGACGAAGCCACAAUAAAGAUAUCGGUGGAGGAUGCAGAUGAGCCUCCUGUGUUUGUAGCUCCCAUUUACACCUUUGAGGUGGAGGAGAAUGCGCCUGAAGGCACCCUGGUGGGACGAGUCCACGCCAAGGACACUGAUGUUGCCAACAAUCCCGUCAGGUACAUGAUCCCUCUGUACACGGACAUAGAGCAGUUCUUCAGCGUGAACUCGGAAGACGGCAAGAUCACGACGACGAGGCCACUGGACAGAGAAGCACAGGCCUGGCAUAAUAUCUCUGUGUCAGCCACAGAGAUAGGAGGCCACCACCAAGACACCAAAGUGCGUGUUAACAUCAAAGUGAAAGAUAUGAAUGACAACGCCCCAGAAUUUGGCAACAACAACGAAGUCCUCAUGUGUGAAACUGUCGCGCCAGGGAAGGACAUUGAAACAGUAAGUGCGGUGGACAAGGACGAGUUGGCCCACAGACAACACUUCACGUUCAGCCUCGCUCCAGAAGUCACACACAACCACAACUUCUCCCUCAAAGACAACAGAGACAGCACGGCCAGCAUCUAUGUGCUCCGUAAAGGAUUCAGCCGCCUCACCCAGGAUGUUUACUACCUUCCCAUCGAGAUCAACGACAACGGUUUCCCCGCGAUGAGCAGCACCAACACGCUGACCAUCAGAGUGUGUUCCUGUGACAGCAGAGACACCAUCCUCUCCUGCAACGUGGAGCCCUACGUCCUGCACGCUGGUCUGAGCACCGGGGCGCUGAUAGCUAUCCUGGCAUGUAUCGUCAUUCUGCUGGCGAUUGUGGUGUUGUUUGUUGCGCUGAGGCGUCAGAAGAAGGAGCCGCUGAUAGUGUUCGAGGAGGAGGACAUCAGGGAGAACAUUAUCACAUACGAUGACGAGGGAGGUGGUGAGGAGGACACGGAGGCCUUCGACAUCGCCACACUUCAGAACCCAGACGGUGCCAACGGCUUCCUGCCAAGAAAGGACAUGAAACCAGAGCUCCAGUUUUCCAUCAGGCCCGGCACCGGCCACACUGCGGCCAACAGCGUCGACGUCGACGACUUCAUCAAGAGUCGGAUCGCGGAAGCCGACAGCGACCCGACGGCCCCCCCGUACGACUCCAUUCAGAUCUACGGAUAUGAAGGCAGAGGAUCGUUGGCCGGGUCACUGAGCUCCCUCGAGUCCGUCACAACAGAGUCUGACUUGGAUUAUGACUAUCUGCAGAGCUGGGGGCCGAGGUUUAAGAAGCUGGCGGAUUUGUACGGGACCAAAGACAGCAUCAUGGACGAUGACGAUGAUGGUGAAGACUCUUAACAGUGGUCUUACAGAGUGGACGCCCACCCCCCCUCCCCGGAUUUCUGAUUUAUUGAUUCCAUGAGGAUUUGUUAGCUGAGGGUUAACACUCCCCAGCACCCAAAUGUUACCAACUACCACCUGAUCCGUUCACGCCAGCGAGUCGACGGACGUGAACAGCUCUCCCUGGUCCUCCAAGACGAUUUGGUAAUGAACACAUAACGAACUCUUGGACUCGGCUUCCAGUUUUUCCCCCAAAAUCCCUCCUUUCCCACCUACAGUAUGUCUUUCCCUUUCUCUUUCUACGGACUCGAGCUUUGCAGGGCUGGGAGAUUAGUUUUGUCACCAGUUUUGAAAGUAAAUUGUUGGGAACAAAAUAUUGCUGUGUGAUCAAAAUGACUUGCUUCUAGCUAACUGUUUAGUUUCUUUGGGGUUCUAUGUACUUUUGUGGACUGGAUUCACGUACUUCCUCAGUGGCUCCUGGGAGAGAUUUUAUUCCCCGAACAGGUUCCUGAGCUGCUCUCUUUGUGGUGUGUGAAAAAGACACUGAAAGAGACGAAUAAGGAGAUACAAGCUAAUUAAAAGAAAAGGUUAGCGUGGGAUCCAGCAACGGCGCGAUGUUGCGAAAGAGAAAUAACAAGGUACAGAAGAUGUGUCGGUGGGGUCCAACAGUUGAAAGUAAAUGCUUUUUCAAAUGUUGUCGUCGCGUGUGCAGAAUUCAGCAGGUUCUGUGGUUUAAAUAGCGUGAUAGACUCUGGGUUGUUGAUACUUUGAAGACGCUCACAGCAUCUUCACAGUAUGGUGGCCUUAUAAUAAAUAAACAACAACUCCAGGGGUGAACAUUACAAAAGGUGAGCAUAGAGAGCGCUACCUUCAGUAGCUACGCACAGACAGGACUGAGGAUCUGUGACGAUGGAACACAAAUACCUGUUUUUUUACUGCUCCCAAAACGAGACUGAAAAUGGAUUCAAUGGAAAAAAAAACUGUGGAUGAUUCUGUGUUUUCAUUCUUCACUGAGGAGAAUGAUUUGAAAAGAAAAGCUCCCCCCCCUCCCCAAUCCCUCCCAUCAACAAUCACUUCCGGUACCGCGUCCACCAAUGAAUGAUCACUUCCUCAUCCAGAGUCUACCAAUGAUGAUCAAUCACGAUGAGUAGAAAAAACAACAACCUGUGAGCUCUAAAAAUCGCCUUAAACUUAACGGACACUCUUGCAACGCAGUGCAUUCUCAUUUUUUCUUUUCUCCUUUUGUUUCUUUUUUUUGUAACUUGAGAAGUAUAUUCAGAAAGCAAACUAUUCUCCAUGUUAGGUAUGUACAGAGCGGUGUGCAGACGUGUGAUGUAUCACUUUGCGGAUCCAACCUGCGCCUCGAGCACUCUUCAAACAGGAUGUGCAGUUUCUGGCCGGCACGGUACAUGUAGACCGGGAAAAUGUGCGUUGUGUUAUUUUCCCCCUCGACACCGGCUAUGUCGGCAGCAACGCCUGUUGUAUCAACACGUGUUGCUGUUUGGACAUACAACGUGCACGCUGGAAAACAACACAAGGUGUGUUUUCAGAGCCACAUAUACAGAGAGGCUGAAAGCAGAACAUCCUUUUUAAGCGUGUGGGUUCUUGUUCGAUCUCUUUUUUAAUGUUAUUAUAUUAUUAUGAUUAUUAUUGUUGUUUUUUUAUUAUUAUUAUUAUUAUUAUCAGCAUUAUUAUGACAAUAACUGUUCUUUCUUUGGCUGCAGAUACACAGGAACUAAUUCAUGUUUAACUUCAUGCAAAUGUGAUGUUCUUAUGGUUGUCUGAACAUGGAGGGACUACAGAGUAUUUGAUUUUCAUCUCUGGACGUUAUAAGAACAUCACAGCCGGAAGUUAAACAUCAGUUUUGGUUUAUGUCUGUGUGAAUACAACCUCUCUCAUUUCCUUUGUUUCUCUUUUCUUUCCAUUUUUUUUUUUUGGUUUCCAUUAUUUGGCGUCUCUUCGUUCUUUCUCCCUGUUCAAGAGGAAAACUAGCAAUCUGUGUGUUGCAGCGAGAGAACGCCUCGUUUUUAUUCUCUGUCAAGUUUUAUGGUACCGAUUUGUACAAUUUUAAAAGUUCUUAUUUUAGUAUACAUGCAGAAUAUUCCAGUAUUACAACAAAAACAUGUUAAGAUAAGAUUUAAAAAAAUGUUACAGCAUCACACUUAUAUUUUCUGAACAUUGUAAUGUUGCUUUACUAUGUGCUUCAAUCUCCGAAGCGAAAAAAAAACCUUUGAAAUAAAUGCUCUUUUUAUAAAAUGAUAUUGAA